GAUUUUCUUUCGAUUCUUCAACUUCAAUGUCUUAUGCUUAUCUCUUCAAGUAUAUCAUCAUCGGAGAUACUGGAGUAGGGAAAUCAUGUCUUCUGCUUCAGUUCACGGACAAGAGGUUUCAGCCGGUGCAUGACCUUACCAUUGGUGUUGAAUUUGGGGCUAGGAUGAUCACCAUCGACAACAAACCUAUCAAGCUUCAGAUCUGGGAUACGGCUGGUCAAGAAUCCUUUAGGUCUAUUACAAGGUCAUACUAUAGAGGAGCUGCAGGGGCUUUACUUGUCUAUGAUAUCACAAGGAGGGAGACAUUUAACCAUCUAGCUAGCUGGCUAGAAGAUGCAAGGCAGCAUGCAAAUGCAAAUAUGACGAUAAUGCUCAUUGGGAAUAAGUGUGAUCUUGCUCACAGAAGGGCUGUGAGCACAGAGGAAGGAGAGCAGUUUGCAAAGGAGCACGGUCUUAUAUUCAUGGAGGCCUCUGCCAAGACUGCUCAGAAUGUUGAGGAGGCAUUCAUUAAGACAGCCGCAACAAUAUACAAGAAGAUUCAAGAUGGUGUGUUUGAUGUGUCAAAUGAGUCAUAUGGAAUAAAAGUUGGAUAUGGAGGAAUUCCAGGACCAUCAGGUGGAAGAGAUGGAUCUACCUCGCAAGGAGGAGGGUGCUGCGGCUGAGAUGGGAAAGGUGUCUAUAUCAUCAUGUAAAAAUGAUAACAUCAAAAAUGUCUCUGCUUCUUUCUAUAGUUGUAAAUCGUUUUGGAAUUCGAUUUGGUGACUGUGUUGUGAUGGGUUUUGGAACGGUUUGACAAUACACGUGUAUCUCUAUU